AUGGAAUUGAUCUUACUAAAAGAAUACGUACUAAGGGUGGUUUUAUUGGGUAAAUCCUUUUCUGAAAAAAGGUUGGUGGGUGAUAAUCCAACUCCGCAAACCUUGAUCCAAAUUGAUAGAAAUCAACGUCAUAAGACUAUUGGUUUGUGCUUUAUUAAAUUGGUUUCAAUUAAAGAACCAAACUUAUUACCGACGAGAGCUUUAAUAGAUGUGAUAUUUGCGGGUCAAACGCUACCAGAUUCAGAUGCAUUAUGGGUCAUUAAAGCUUCCCGGGAUCAAAUUUCCUAUAAUGAUAUGUUUUCAUUACAACAUAAAUCUACAGAUACUCUCAUUGGGCGUGAAUCUGCUUUUAAUGAACACUCUUUAUAUAAUGAUUAUAUAGACGGCGAUUUUGCUGAUCACGUCGAAGGUUAG